AUGGGAAACAAAUCUAAUAAUUAUGCCCCUAAUUCUGUCUACAACUUAUUGCUCUACAAAUCCGAUUACAUGAAUAGUUUAAGAGAGUCAGGCUGGACUAUAAAGAAAAUAGCGAACCGCUUUGAAGUAAGCGAACGAACUAUUUAUCGGCGGAUUAAAAGCAAUAAGCAAAAGGUAGGAAGGAAACUUAAAUUAGAUGGUGAAGCAUUGGAAACUUUUCUUGAUUAUGUUGAUAGAGAACACAAACAUGCUCAACAAGAACUAGCGGAUUAUGCUUCCCAUUUAACAGAACAGAAAAUAACUAGGUUUAUCAUUGGCCGAACUUUAAAAAAGCACGAGUUUACUCAUAAGAAGCUUUCUCCCCAUUUUUCCGAACAAAAUAAAAAGAAAAUAAAAGAGUUUCAAGAAAGACUUUAUACUUUGCUUGACUUACCUAUUUUAGCACUGGAUAAAAGUAGUUUUCCUUUAAACAUGGCUGCUCGGUUUGGUUAUUCCAAAAAAGGAACUCGAGCCAAUUUCUAUAAGACAGGAAAAAGAGGUUUGAGUUAUACUUUAAUUCUUUGUGUGGCUAAUGUUGAAAAGUAUGGAGUAGUUCUUUAUCAAAUAGUUAAAGGGGGAGUGGAUGCCAAAGUUUUUCAUAACUUCCUUUCCCACGAAAAGAUUUCAAGCAAGGAUAAGAGUUUAAGUUCCAUUAGGGAACUGUUAGCAAGCAAAAAUAUUGAACCACUUUAUUUGCCUGCUUAUACCCCAGAAAUGAACCCAGUUGAAUGUUGUUUUAAUUUUAUUAAAAGUGAGGUAAGAAAACAGCAACCAGAAACUUAUGAGGAGUUGGAGGUGGCAAUAAAGGAAGUUUUAAAACUUCUUCAUGAGAAAGAUUUGACUGGAUGA